AUGGUUAGUCAUCGGAAAGAGUGCCUUCUGUGGCUGCUAGUUGCCCUCAGUGGCUGUCACCCAAUUGCCUCACAGCAACUACAGGGUCCACCUCGUCCCAGGGGGCGUAUACGUAUUGCGGAUAUGCAAAUUCCCGCUUCUGCCGGUGGAGCAUCUGUCCCUUCCCUGGGAAAUUGGCCAAGUUUGCCGGCUGCAGGUCCCAUCAGUUCCACGGUGCACACCCACAUUCCACUGUUGCGCGAGCAGAACGCCCCCCUAGCGGCCACGCCCAGUCAGGAGGCGGUGGUGUACGGCAACUGGAAGCCAGAGCAUCCGGCGAAGCCCGAGGAGAUGGUGACGGAAAUGGAGUCGGAUCAACAGCCCAGGGAGCGGGUCUACGGGAGACUAGAGGCCAUGCUCAUGGGAAUGCCAGCGGAUGCCAUUGAUGACAAGCCGUCGAGUUCCAGUGAAGAGCAGACCGCUCCCAUUGCACCUGGUGGCUAUCAAAAUCCCGCUUACUCUCGGUCAGCCAGCUUUGAGAGAUCGCCGGAGAAGCAUGGUCGCCGGCGGAUUACCACCCAGCAAGCGCCACACCAAUUCGAGGUGUUGAGGAUGAACAACACGGAUCCUAUACUGAAGGAGGUGGCCAAGCAGAACAACGAUUCCGUGGAGUCUACGACGACGGACAUCCGGAGAAAUCCUCAGCACUCCGCCGACGACAACUGGAUGCCCUUGCCUUAUCCCUAUCCCUACGACACCACAAUGCCAGCGCCAGCCGCAUCAAGCUCUAUGAUUCCCGGAUUUAUGCAAUCCUCGGUGGUGCAUCCACCGACACCCACACAGGCCACUCGAUCCACUGAGGGACUACUCAACUGGCCCACUGAUUUCAUCGACAGUUCCUCCCAGAACAUGGCGAGCACCGAAAGGAUCGACCGGAAUCUCCAUGGGAACAUCGACAGGCACGAUGAGAACGUCUCGGAUCCGGCGGAUGAGUACAAGUACUAUGAGGACUCCCUGAACUCCGCCCAGAUGCACAGUGAGCUGAGUGUUCCGGAGACAAUGCCCCUGAACAUAACCCGGGUGGGCAUCCCUUACGAGGAUCGAAAUGCUUCCGAGGAGCCGACCAUUUGUGUGCCACUCACCGUCUCGGAAACUUCGCUCUCCUCCGACAGCAUUGUGCCCCAAAUGGUGGAAGUGGAAAGGGUCUACUGCUUUCCCCUCCCCAAAGUGGAGAUUCGUCCUGGUCACGUUCGUCCGCAGGUGGAAGAGGUGACCAGGGAGCAGGAGAUCCAGGAAGUAGAUAUGGAUAUGCAACCAACGGAAACACCAGAACCCAGUGAUUCCACCGCUGGCGCGACUCGAAGAUCUCUUGGCACCCUUACACUGCUCCUCAUCAUUGGUUGGAGCUUCCGGCCAGGAAUUCGAACUUAGAAUUAGGAUCCA